CGUGACAGACGAUCGAAUACAAACAUCUACAAGAGAAAAGAAAGUUAUUAUGUUAAGAUUGUGUAAAAUAUUAUGUAUUUUAUUGAAAGUGUUAAUGUUAACAAGAACAGCCAUCACUUCCUCUUCGAAGGAUCAGGAGGCUCCUAUAGCUCAGUAUUUGACUGUCAACGUGUUCUAAGAAGAAUCUAUCAAGAAACAUUGAAUCAAUUAAUGUAAUCAUUGAGAAGAGUUCGAAACAUUAGUUGAUAGCUGCUGGUUGUCAGUCGAGAAUCGGGUGAAAGCCAAUCGAGUGCAAACAUCUACAAGAGAAAAGCAAGUUAUUAUGUUAAGAGCUUUAAAAAUAUUAUGUAUUUUAUUAAAAAUGUUAAUACUAACAAGAACAGCCAACACUUCCUCUUCGGAGGAUCAGGAGGCUCCUAUAGCUCAGCAUAUCAACAACGCAAAGAGAACAAAAUAAUUGUGCCUUCAAGAUUGCAAUACAAUCUAGGCGAGUUGGCCAUGACUAUAAUUGAAGAACAGCAAAUUAUUCUAGGAAAUCUUCUAGGUAGCGGUACAUUUGGACAGGUAUUUCGAGGAACUCUCAAGAAUUUUGAAAGAUCAGACACACCUGUCGCCAUAAAAAUGCUAAGAAAAAAUGCUUCCUUGAAAGAGAAAAAGAAAUUCUUACGAGAGGCCAAACUUAUGAACUAUUUUCGUCACAAACAUGUACUGAGAUUAUUAGGCAUCUGUGUGGACACGGAUUCACCAAUGAUUAUGGUAUUGGAAUUAAUGGAGGCUGGUGACUUAUUAACUUAUUUGACAGAGAGUCGGACGUUGCAACCUUUACAUCCGCACGCUUUGCGUCUACAAGACUUGCUUGCCAUGUGCGAAGAUGUUGCACGGGGUUGUCGCUACUUAGAAGAACUGCAUUUUGUGCAUAGAGAUCUCGCGUGUCGAAAUUGCUUUAUAUCGGCAAGAAAUCGUGAAAACCGUAUUGUAAAAAUCGGCGAUUUCAGCUUAGCUAGAAAUCUUUACAAGGAAGAUUGUUACCGCGACAAAGGGGAAGACCCUCUCCCUGUUCGCUGGAUGGCCCCGGAAUUUUUGAUGGACGGUAUAUUUACUUCACAAAGCGAUGUUUGGGCAUUUGGAGUACUGAUGUGGGAAAUUAUGUCAUUGGGUGAACAGCCUUAUUUUUCCAAAAAUAAUUCAGAAGUAGUGCAGUAUGUGUGUACGGGCGGUAAGCUGUCGAAACCUCUCAACUGUCCACCAAUGUUGUUCCAGUUGAUGCUGCAUUGUUGGACUGCGGUAAACAAUAGACCAAAUUUCAUACAUUGUCUCGAAAAUAUCAUAACAUUGAGAGACAACAUAGAAGACGCGAAACUGAUUUGAGUUCGAUAGUUAAUUUAAAAUAUAUUAAAAAUAAUAAUAAAAUGUAUGAUUAAA